GUCAUGGCACUGCAUUUCGAGUCCUGCAUUUUUUCUUCCAAACCUCAAAUUGUUGCACGCAAACUCUCAACUUUCUCGAUAUCACAACCCUGCCAAACCUGAUGCUCUUCACUUCACCAACAAAUGGAACUUUGUUCAAGAGGAAAGCUCUAACACACAAACUAUAUAAAACGGGAAAUCUGAGCACGAAUCUCUCGGAGAAAGUGGAGGUGGUGAAGAAUGAAGUUUGGAAAACUGUGGAUGAAAGCUCAUUCGAAGGUUUGUGCAUGAUUGAUGUAAUGCAACGCUUAAAUAUUGAUUACCACUUCCAAGACGAAAUUGAAACAUUCCUAGAGAGGCAAUAUACGAAUUACCGUAGUGUUGGGAGUGGUUAUGGUAAUCAUAUUCAUGAGAUUGCACUUCGAUUCAGGCUAUUCAGACAACAUGGUUACUUUGAGCCCGCAGAGGUGUUUGAAAAGUUGACCAACAAGGAGAGAGAAAUCAGGCCAGAACUUAGUGAAAAUAUAAAGGGAAUGGUAGACAUAUAUGAAGCUUCACAGUUAGCCGUAGCAGGGGAAGAUAUACUUGCUGAAGCAGAAAUAUUUAGUGGCAAGGUCCUAAAGGAAAAGGUAGAUUCCAUCGACAGUCACGGAGAUCAGUUUGUAAAGAGAACCUUAGAACACCCUUUUCACAAAAGCUUGCCCUUGUUUACCGCUAGAAAGUUCUUGGGCGAUUUCCAUGACAAGAAUCUAUGGCUAAGUUCCUUUCGAGAGAUUGCAAAAAUGGAUUUCAGUUUGCUACAGUUCUCGUACCAUCGUGAGAUUGGUCAAAUUACGAAAUGGUGGACCGAGCUUGGUUUAGCCAACGAGUUAGUGUAUGCGAGAAACCAACCCCUUAAAUGGUACAUUUGGUCGUUGGCAUGCUUCUCGGAUCGUAGUUUCUCAGAGGAAAGGAUUGAGCUCACAAAACCAAUAUCUUUGAUAUACAUAAUAGAUGACAUUUUCGAUGUUUAUGGGACUCUGGACGAGUUAACUCUGUUCACAGAAGCUGUUUGCAGAUGGGAUAUCACAGCCGUUGAACAACUUCCAGAUUACAUGAAGACGUGUUUCAGUGUCCUCUAUAAUCUCACAAACGAAAUCAGCUCCAAGGUCUAUCAGAAGCACGGCUGGAACCCCAUACACUCACUACAAAAUGCGUGGAAGAGUUUGUGCAAAGCCUUCCUAGUUGAAGCAAAAUGGUUUGGGUGUGUGAAGUUGGCAAGUGCAAGGGAAUACUUAAAGAAUUGGACAGUAAGCUCUGGAGUGCAAAUUAUGUUGGUUCACACUUUCUUUCUUUUGGGUGAGGGAUUAACUGAGGAAAAUGUUGAGAUCAUAGACGGAAACCCUGACAUCAUUUCUUCCCCGGCAACAAUUCUCCGACUCUGGGAUGACUUGGGAAAUGCACAGGAUGAGAAUCAAAAAGGCAAUGAUGGAUCGUACGUGAAUUGUCUGAUGAUGGAAAAGCCAGAGUACACGAGAGAAGUAGCAAGAGAAAGAGUGAUGAGUAAGAUCAGUGAUGCAUGGAAGAACCUCAACCAAGAGUGCUUGUUUCAUAGACAUUUCCAUCCAACAUUCACUAAGGCUUCACUGAAUCUGGCAAGGAUGGUGCCAUUGAUGUAUAGUUACGACGACAAACAGUCCCUCCCAGGACUAGAGGACCAAUUCAAUUCUUUGCUUUAUGAUACUUUUCUUUAAU